CCAGCUGUGCGAGCACACCAACUUCACCUGCCAGACGGAGGGAGCGUGCUGGGCCUCGGUCAUGCUGACCAACGGCAAGGAGGAGGUGAUCAAAUCCUGCGUGUCCCUGCCGGAGCUCAACGCUCAGGUCUUCUGCCACAGCUCCAAGAACAUCACCAAGACCGAGUGCUGCUACACCGACUUCUGCAACAACAUCACCCUCCGCCUGCCCGUAGCCUCCGAGUCCCCCGGUCGUGCUGCCGUGGGUCCCGUGGUGCUGGCAGCCACAGUGGCCGUGCCCAUCUGCGUCCUGUCCCUCGUGGCAGUGCUGGCUGCCUGCAGCUGCCAGGGCCGGCGCUGCGCCCGCGGCAGGACGAAGCCGCCCAACGUGGAGGAGCCGCUCUCCGAGUGCAACCUGGUCAGCGCGGGCAAGACGCUCAAGGACCUCAUUUAUGACAUGACGACGUCUGGCUCCGGCUCUGGCUUACCUCUGCUCGUACAGAGAACCAUUGCGAGGACCAUCGUUCUGCAGGAGAUCGUAGGGAAGGGGCGCUUCGGAGAAGUGUGGCGUGGGAAGUGGUGCGGGGAGGACGUGGCUGUGAAAAUCUUCUCCUCGAGAGACGAGCGGUCCUGGUUCCGGGAGGCAGAGAUUUAUCAGACGGUUAUGCUGAGACAUGAGAACAUCCUGGGCUUUAUUGCUGCUGAUAACAAGGACAACGGGACCUGGACCCAGCUGUGGCUCGUCUCCGAGUACCACGAGCAGGGCUCCCUGUUUGACUACCUGAACAGGGGCACGGUGACGGCAGAGGGCAUGGUGAGGCUGGCACUGUCCAUCGCCAGCGGCCUGGCACACCUGCACAUGGAGAUCGUGGGCACGCAGGGCAAACCGGCGAUCGCUCACAGGGACCUGAAGUCCAAGAACAUCCUGGUGAAGAGGAACGAGAGCUGUGCCAUCGCAGACCUGGGGCUGGCAGUGAAGCACGACUCCGUGCUCAACACCAUCGACAUCCCCCAGAACCCGCGGGUGGGGACGAGGAGGUACAUGGCUCCAGAGAUACUGGAUGACGCGAUGAACACCAACAUCUUUGAGUCCUUCAAGCGUGCAGACAUCUACUCUCUUGGGUUGGUGUACUGGGAGAUAGCACGGAGGUGCUGUGUUGGAGGGAUCACUGAGGAGUACCAGCUGCCUUACUACGACGUCGUGCCUUCUGAUCCCUCGAUAGAAGAUAUGAGAAGGGUGGUUUGUGAGCAGAAGCUCCGACCAAAUAUUCCAAACCAGUGGCAAAGCUGUGAGGCACUGCGGGUGAUGGGCCGGAUCAUGCGGGAGUGCUGGUACGCCAACGGUGCAGCACGGCUCACUGCUCUGCGCAUCAAGAAGACCAUCUCACAGCUCUGUGUGCAGGAAGACUCCAAAACCUAGCGGCUCCAGCAGGAGGAGGGCACUGCGUUCUGCUGUUCAUCUGUUGACAUGUGAUAUUAUUUUUCUUUUUGGUCUACCUCAUGUGACGCAGGUCGGUAUUUAAGUGCCCAGAACAGAGUGCUGCCAUCUGGCUUCAUAGCUGGCUACUGGAAGGGGCUCAUUUUGACCUGUAGCUCUCGCUCUGUACAGCAAGCUGCUGGUUGGGCUGCCUGAGGAAGAUGGGACGCUAGGUGAAUAGCAGGAAGGAGCUUUAAACACGUCGGUGUAAAUGUACCUUCUGCUAUUGUGCUUUCUGUCCUUGUCAAAGCCAAUGUGCUGCAAAUCGCUGGGACUGCUUAAAGCACGUCUGCAAGAGAAGGCACAGCUUCAUCCUCAAACCCAGCAAAAGACCAAAUUUCAUCAAGCUUUUUGCUGCUUCGACGCAGGGAUCUGAGAAGGGGCUGUCAGUAAAAUGCAUUUUUAAAUACUGUAUUUGUCUUUACCUAAGCAAAUAAGGUGAAAAAGGUUUCAAAGUGAGACAGGAGAGGUUUAGGUUGGAUAUUAGGAGGAAGUUUUUCCCCAGAGAUUGGUGAGGCACUGGCACAGGUUGCCCAAGGAGGCUGUGGAUGCCCCAUCCCUGCAGGCAUUCAAGGCCAGGCUGGAUGUGGCUCUGGGCAGCCUGGACCUGCACACAGCAGGGGUUGGAAGUGGAUGAGCACUGUGGGCCUUUGCAACCCAGGCCAUUCUAUGAUUCUAUGAAAAUUCCACUGAGCAUAAAUAUUGUGAACAAAAGCCUGUUUGUUGUUGUUGUUUGUUUUUGUUUUUGUUUUUACUUUUAUUCUUCUUGUCUCAGUUUCACACACAGUAUUAUAGUCAGGAGUUGAAGUUAUUUUGUUCUUUUCAUCUGAGCUGAGUGCAUCGAUCAAAGGCCAAUUGAUUUCUCUCUAGGAAGUAUAGUGCAAGCAAUAAUAUUCUGGUGAAUACAUAGGAAUGGAAUGGGAGAAAUUCUACUGAAGCUGAGAAUGUGUGCAUUUUUAAGCAGCUUCUUAGAAGUCUCUAAGACUUCUGUCCCACUCCGUGGCCAUCUGUUUGAGUACAGUGCCUUUGCUUGCCAGCAUUACACCUUGUGCAACAAUCUUGCUUCUGUAGGUAUUUCUAAAUCCAGGUGGUCAGAGAAGUUAAAGCCUGCGACGUCCCCAAGUAGUGAAGGUUUGCAGAAAUCUGGAGUAGCACCACAGCUCUGUGCAAGUGAGAUUUUGGCUAAUUAUGGUCCUUAUGUUCAAUAUUUGUCAUGGAACCUCUUGAGCGGGGGCUUCUCUGUGGAGGAAUGGGCUGUGUGGACGAGUGGGAUGAUCAGUAUGAUCAGUAUUCCAUGUUUCCUUCAGAUGCACAAAUGAGGAUUUUAUGGGCUCUAAUGGAUGCUAAUUGGCCCGUAAAUAGGAUGGAAUGAAACACGUCUCCUUGAAUAACUUCUGUCUGCUUCUGCUUGUGUUGAGCAGCGCAAACCUCGCCUUGUUUUGCAGUCUGUUUGCUGAAUGGUGAGAGUAUUUCUAUCAGAUUGCCAGUAGAAUUUGCCUAGCAUGCUUUCUGAGAUGUAAUCAAAGUCAUCAGAUAGAUUUUAUUCUCAUCUGCUUCUACUGCAUGAACUAUGCCAAGAGUUCAACAGAUGGUACUUCCUAAGGUGCUGCAAGUGUGUAAUCCCAAUGGUGAUACUCACAUGAGCAUCGAAGGAUUUGCAGAGCUGAGGUUCAGAGUUUGCUCCUAUUGAGAAUAACCUGAAAAAAACCCUUUGUGCUGCAAAGGAAGCAUGGAGGUGUUGGCUGCAGGGUGGGAAAAGGCCAUCUGGUAACCACUGAGAUCAGCUCCCUGAAACUGGAGAACAAUUGAUCUGGAACUGAUAGCAGUGGGCUGAGAGUCAUUUCUCCUUACUGCUUUGCUUCCUUUGUGCCACCCUGUGAGGGCACUGCGAGGUUCCCACAAGGAUCAGUCUGCUUUCCCUGCUUUUCCCUUAGCUCAGUGUUUUUUGCAGUGGGUUUUUUGCCUUUUGUUGAGAGGUGAAUACACAUCUUAACAAACUGCAGGUACACGUAAGGGAGCCAGGUGGCCGGUGUUGCUGUAUGGGGCUUUAAAAUGUUUGUAAGCUGUACCCUCCCUUUAAAAACACAACACAACAUUUGUCUUGUCACCCUUUCCCUCCAUGUAAACACCCUGUUUAAUAACAGAGGUUAUACUCAGUUAUUUCUUUGCUCCUUAGGGAGCCAUGGGCUUCUUAAGAGAGAGAUUACAAUCUCUGCUGCUAAUCUGCACUUAAAGUGCAGACUCUUCAGCUCAUGGGAUGUUUCAGGCCUGGGGAUGCUGGAUGCUGCUCAUCGCCCAGCCCUCCCAACCUAUUUAAGCCAUUAUUCUCACCUGGGGGAAUUACUUUACAUUUUUUUAAGCUUUCUAGUAGUAAAAACCUACAAUGAUGUGUGCAGAACAUGAACUGAAAGGGAAAGUUAAUUAACGAACGUUUAGCACCUCAUUUAUUUUAUGUCUCCUUAAGUCUUCCCCCAUUAAAUACCCCAUGAGAAACUCAAACUGCAAUCUCUUUUGCACUUUGCUGCUCUUAUGGUCGUUUGCACUCCACCGGACUCAUUCCCUCAGGUAACCCCACAGCAAGUCCCAUCACACACCACUUCUGUCUGUUGGAACUGGGGAGGCACUGCUCUGUGUGCCCAGAACCUUUUGUGGGCACACAGGGGAGGAAAGCAGCCAGAGGCACAGUGCAUUUCUGCAGGACAUAAGACGUGCAAUAAGCUGUAACCAAAGGCUCCGAAUGUAUUUUUGGCAUAAAUAGACCGAAUGUAUUUUGAAUGUAGCUACAACAUUUGUGUCUAAAUCUGCUGUGGUUCUUUCAGUCCCCAAAGAGAAAUGCGUCGCGUUUUGUCAACCUCAAAAACCAGCUUGGGUUGUCUGUUCUAUACAGAAGCAUUCAUACUUUAUCUGGAAGUGCUGCAAUACUUUAGAACUUAGCGAUGAAAUUCAAUCUGCACCUUGUGAGAUACCCAAUCUUGUGUGCAUUGCAGCAAGUUCAUAAAACUGUUGCUAAAGUUGCUGCUGGAUGUAAAUAAUUAGUUGAGAUGCUGUGUUUUGUAUGCGUAUUUUACAGAUCAAUAUACUCUCGGAAAGGUUGGGAAGAUUUUAAUAAACUGAGCACACUCUGCCCUUGUGUCGC